AUGUCUGUAACUUCCACCACUCCCCUCUUCAAAUCCCUAACCACAGCCGCACUCUUCCACUCCAAAACCAAACCCACCUUCUUCUCUCUUCCCUCCAAACCCUUCAAACUCCAUCUCUCCCUUAACUCUUCACCCUCUCUCACUCUCUCCCGCAAAACCAACCGUGCUACACCUUUCUUCGCCGUGCAAGAUGAUGAAACCCUAACCACAUACGAAGAAGGUGUCGUUGAAACCGGAGGACUUCUCGAUUGGGAACCCAACACUGCUGAAAACGAAACUGGUGAAGAUUCUGAGCAAGGAGAUUUCUUGGAACCAUCCGAAGAUGCGAAGGUGUUUGUUGGUAAUUUGCCUUAUGAUGUUGAUAGUGAGAAACUCGCCAUGCUUUUUGAGUCAGCUGGAACUGUAGAGAUUUCUGAGGUUGUUUAUAACAGGGAAACUGACCAGAGUCGCGGAUUUGGAUUUGUAACCAUGAGUACGGUUGAAGAAGCUGAAGCUGCUGUUGAGAAAUUCAAUCGCUAUGAUUAUAAUGGAAGAUCCUUGACUGUGAAUAAGGCUGCUCCAAGAGGAUCUAGGCCAGUGCGGGAAGACCGCCCACCUCGAACCUAUGAACCUGUCUCAAGAGUUUAUGUUGGUAACUUACCAUGGCAAAUUGAUGAAAGUAGACUUGAGCAAGUUUUCAGUGAACAUGGUAAGGUUGUGAGUGUUCGAAUAGUCAAUGAUAGAGAGACUGGUCGAUCACGUGGCUUUGGCUUUGUCACAAUGUCUGAUGAGAAAGAAAUGAAUGAUGCUAUUGCCGCCCUUGAUGGCCAGAGUUUGGAGGGGAGGACAAUAAAAGUGAGUGUUGCUGAAGACAGGCCCAGGCGUGGCUCCUUUUGA